AGUGACAUUCGUGACGUUUCCGAGUGUAGCCUUAGUCACUUCCGAAAAUUAAAAAAAUUGUCUUAAAAAACGUAUUUUUGGUGGAUUUUCGUUACAAAUUACUUUCAAUUAUUAUAUUGUCCACAAUUUCUAGUACUUUGCAAUAUCACGUGACCCUCGUUAUCACCUUUAACUCAAUUGGCAACAAUGUUAAAUAUUUGAUUUUAACGGGAUAAAACCGUGUUGUGAUUGUAAAUCAGAGCCAAGGUCGCCAAAUUAGUUCUUAUGGAUCCUUGGGGCAGCGCCGAAAACGAAACUACAGUCGUUGAAAAUCGCUUGAAAUUCGAAGACAAUUUUGUUCCCUCAGUGCGUGACUCGUUGCCCGAUUCAGACCAGUACCUCGCAAUCUUAGAAAAACGUCUCCACGAUAUUAAAAAUGACCCCGACGUUUUGAAACAGUUAAGGGCUAAACGGGAGGCCUGUUUACAGAAUUUGCUCAACGGUGAGACUCAGUUUGAACGUGACGACGAUCUGGACACUCCGGUUACCAAUUCGCACUUAAUCCGGACGAUUUUGCCCCAGAAACAAGCCUUAAACAAGGGGGAAAUCGUAGAGUUGAUCAACUACGAGGAGUUGGAUAGUGAUAGUGACAAUGACGUCGAUUGAUUUCGCCAAAAAGGCCCUAGUUGUGGUCACGGGGGCUUCCAGAGGGAUCGGGCGAACGAUAGCCCUCGAAACCGCGCGCAAUUUGAACCAAAACUCAAUUCUCAUCUUACUCGCACGGUCUAGCAAUGACCUCGAACAAACCAAAAACCUCAUUUUGGAAGUUGAUAAGUCACUCAAUGUUAUCACAGAAUCGGUAGACCUAUCCUCGGCCGAUGUUUCGACCUACGAAAAAAUCCUAGAUCGGGCUACAGGUUCCGUGGACACUACAGGAAUCGAAUUCGGGAUUAUUUUCCACAACGCGGGAACCACCGGCGAAAUCAAGCGGACCACGGACUUGACUGAUGUGAAAAUCUGGCGCGAAUAUUACGAUUUGAAUUUGUUUCAAGUUGCAGCUUUGAAUUCCGUUUUCGUCCGUAAAAUACGACCAAUAGCACCGCAAUUAGUCGUUGUUAAUAUCACGUCGUUGUGUGGCAGAACCCCAUUUAAGAAUUUGGCAAUGUACGGCUCUGCCAAAGCCGCCCGGGAAUUGUUCUUCAAGGUUUUGGCCUUGGAGGAGGAGAAUAUAAUUGUUUUGAAUUACUCGCCAGGGCCGGUCGAUACUAAUAUGUUUGACAGUAUUAUCACAAAUGCACAAAGCGAGGAGGUCCAAGAAAGCUUCAAAAAAGUGAAAGAGUCCACGAUUUUGACCUGUGAGCAGACUGUCGGGCGACUAAUGGCACUGCUGGAGAAAGGGGACUUUAAGUCGGGAGACACGGUUGAUUAUUAUGAUAACUUGUAGACUUCUUGUAUAGACUAUGUAUACUUACGUUAAUGGAUAUGUAUAAUAACUAAUUAUUAGUGGCAAAAUAUAAUUAUCUUUCCUGAA